AAACUAUUUAAAGUUGCCAACUCCUCAGUAGAGAAAGUAUCUUUUGGCGGUCGUAACGUCGCUAAAUGACGUCAUCUAGUUUGCGUAAUCGUAAUGGCCGCUGGAUAUUUAUCUUGUGUCACAGAGAGGCUCACACAGUGUGAGUGAUUUAUUUUAGUGACAGUGAAGGAACAUUUACAUCCCGCUCUGUCAGCCAGAGAAUCACGUCUCUGCGCGAGGUGAGCCUGGGGGCUCGAUACUGCUUUCAUGUCAGUCUCCAGGACACCAGAAAAGUCUCCAAUAACUAAUAAGAAGAGAAAAGUCUCCAAUAACUCUGAUAAGAAAAGAAAAGUCUCCAAUAACUCUGAUAAGAAAAGAAAAGUCUCCAAUAACUAGUGAGGUGUCUUUUCGUGUCGAGGCUUCGAAACGCGCGUCGAGUAAUCCAGGAAGAUUUUUGUGAAGCGCGUAUCGAGACUUGUGUUGAUGGCGAGUGUGAUGACGAGUCGGCCGUACCACGUGACUGAUUCAGAAGAUGGUUUGUAUUCGGUGUGCGGUUCGAAAUAAAAGGGGCAGCGAAACGGAACGGAGUCCCCAAUCACAUUUUGUGGACUUUAUUGCACAUUUGUUUGCAAAGUAUUCAAGCUUCUUUUUUUGCGAUGGAACCAGCAAGAAAGAGAUAAUGUUCCCCUGUCUGCGAACAUUUUGAGCUGAUCUCUCCUCAUCAGCCUCAAAGAACCUCACGCCUGGACAGAACGUCACUCUUGAGUGUUGGCUUCCGGUUUCCCAAAACGAUGUCAUCGCAUUGUUAGAGUGGAACAAACUGGAGCUGAAGUCCAAGUGCUACGUCUUCUUCUACAGAGACGGACACGUCUACGUCAGCUACCAGGACCAACACUUCCUCGAUCGAGUGCAGCUGAGAGCCCCAGACAUGAAGAACGGAGACUUUUCCAUUGUUCUGAAUAAUGUCACCGUCAACGACUCCGGAACGUACAAGUGUCAAGUUUUUUUAAUCAAACCCAGUAGAGAGAGUCACAGACACGAACCCGAACUUGUCAGCGUCGUCCAGCUGACCGUCAGAGAACCAGGGACGCCGCAACGAGGUGGCUGCAGCCCGGGAGCCUGGGUGCCCAGGAGGGUCUCAAGCGGUGGCAGAGAGGGUCAUCCUGGAGCAGUUCGUGGGGGGGCUGCCGGCCGGACCUUUGACGUCUGCUGUCACCGCCCUACGUCGCUGGAGACCGCCAUCACUCUGGCGGAGUGAUCUGGCGGUUUAUCCCUGCGGUCAGGGUGGACAUCGGCAGCACGCUGGCUCCGGCUCGACCAACGCCAGCCCCACGGAGGAGGCUCCUACGACAGCUCCCUCGGUUCCCCAAUCCUCCGACCCCAGCAAACGCCGGCACCCAUCCCAACCGACAGGGGGUCCCUCAAACAUCAGGGCAGGAGUGUCUGAGGUGAUCCGGGGUGACUGUUCUCCAACACCAUCCCCCGGUCCAGGGGGGUGGUGUUGAUGCAGUCAAUGGUGGAUUCCGGCUGUAAACAGUCUAUGAUCCACCAGACCCUGGUUCGGCCCGGGCAUUGGUGGAGGCAUUGUGGGUAAAAAUGAGAGCCUCGUUCCUCAUCACCUCACGAAGAGGAAACCACAACCCUGGCAGCAGAGCCCUCAGAGGAAGGAGGAGGGGCUUAUUGACCAUGAAGUCAUCAACGUUCACCAUCAGCACGCAGAUCUCACAAGAUGGAGGGAGCGUCAGUCCUGUGGCUGCUCGGUCUGACUUCACUGCUGAGCGGUUCCACAAGCCAAGCUCCUCUGAGUCUCAGUAGCUCUCAGUUCUUCAGCUGGACGUCCCUCACUCUGAGCUGUGAGGACGACCCCUCUGGGUGGACCCUGAGGAGGACCACGCCCAGAGGGAAGGAAAAGGCCCCGUGUGGAGACGGAUGGGGGUAUCUAGCUGGUUCUUCCUGUGAGAUCAGCUUCUUGGUCCCUUUGGACAGUGGAGUCUACUGGUGUGAGACCACAGAGGGAGAAACCAGGACCACCAUCAACAUCACCGUCACUGGAGGACCAGUGAUCCUGCAGAGCCCCGUCCUCCCAGUGAUGGAGGGACAUGACGUCACUCUGUCCUGCAGGACAAAGACGACCUCCGACCUCCCAGCUGAUUUCUAUAAAGAUGGCUCCUUCAUGAGGACUGAGCCUACAGGUCACAUGACCCUCCAGCAUGUCGCCAGGUCUGAUGAAGGCCUCUACAGGUGUAACAUGAGCGGUGCAGAGUCUCCACCCAGCUGGCUGGCUGUCACAGGUCAACCGACAACCCCGCCCCCUGCCUCGGACCCCUCCCAUCUUGUGAUCAGAAUAGUCUGCCACCUGGUGGUGUUCUGUCCGUACUGCAUCUCCACUUUCAUCAUGGUGUCUUUAUAUCGACACAGGCCCACAGUAAAUGACUUGCCCGUCUCCAUGGUGAUGGCCCCGCCCACUCAUGCUGAGGGGGGAUUGGGUGAUGACUACGAUGACCUCAUCACUGCUGCCACCACGGAGCACCACUUCUGACCGGAUCUGUUGUUUGACGUCCUUCGUAGAAGAGAACCGGAGGACCCAGAACCCCUCCCUGUGGAACUCCACAUGUUCUAGUUUAACUCCACAUGUUCUAGUUUAACUCCACAUGUUCUAGUUUAACCCCACAUGUUCUAGUUUAACUCCACAUGUUCUAGUUUAACUCCACAUGUUCUAGUUUAACCCCACAUGUUCUAGUUUAACUCCACAUGUUCUAGUUUAACUCCAUAUUCUAGUUUAACCCCACAUGUUCUAGUUUAACUCCAUAUUCUAGGUUAACUCCACAUGUUCUAGUUUAACUCCACAUGUUCUAGUUUAACUCCACAUGUUCUAGUUUAACCCCACAUGUUCUAGUUUAACUCCACAUGUUCUAGUUUAACUCCACAUGUUCUAGUUUAACCCCACAUGUUCUAGUUUAACUCCACAUGUUCUAGUUUAACUCCACGUGUUCUAGUUUAACUCCACAUGUUCUAGUUUAACUCCAUAUUCUAGUUUAACCCCACGUGUUCUAGUUUAACUCCACACAAUAUAAAUACUUGAAUAAUAAAUUCAUACUCACUCAUUAUAAAAAUGUAUUUUAAACAUAUUGUUCAAUACAACCAUCAGUGAUAAACACAUCUAAAGACUUUUAA